GUAGAAAUCAUGCGUGAUGGUGGGAAUGAGAGAACUUUGCUGACUGUUGUGUAGGACUUUGUCCUAAUCUACAAAUCCCUGAUGGUCGGAUAGAUGGAACGGAUUAAGCUUGCUUAUGAACAGUGAAGAAAGUGAGGUUAUUAAAAGGCCUCUGAUCGCACGGGCUAGAGCAUCACUUUCCAUUCUGUGUGAUUUUCAGGCUUUUGUGUUUUGCUUAGAGUUGCAGCAUUGUCGAGUAUUUCUAGUCUAAAACUCUCGAAUCCAGGGAGAGCAAUAAGAUGGGUUUACAAAUUUUGGUGACAUGCGUACUGUUCGUCUGGGUACUCUGCAGCCAUGGACAGAUUACCGGAGCAGCUGUGUUUGAGAAUUUCGCAGGAUUACACAAUAAUUCCUCCCCUGCGGAAGAAGACCCCAAUAGUGUAGCUCAGAUGGUUCACGAGAGCAUUAACAGUACCAGGCGAGAUCUGGCUGGUUUGUCAUGCAGGACGGGGAACCCCAUCGAUGACUGCUGGCGAUGUGACCCUAACUGGUGGCGUAACCGCAAGCGGCUAGCAGACUGCGCCAUUGGCUUUGGCAGGAACGCCAUUGGAGGCAAGUACGGCCGCUUUUAUGUUGUAACAGAUCCUGGUGGCGAUGACCCGGUUAAUCCUCGCCCUGGCACUCUGCGCCACGCAGUCAUCCAGACGGAGCCUCUGUGGAUCAUUUUCAAGGGAAACAUGAACAUCCGGCUCAAGCAGGAGCUCAUAAUGAACAGUUUCAAAACAAUUGACGGUCGUGGCGUCAAUGUCCACAUUGCUUCAGGCCCCUGCAUAACAAUUCAAUAUAUUACUAAUAUCAUAAUUCAUGGAGUUCACAUCCAUGACUGCAGGCCAGCAGGUAAUGCCCUGGUGAGAUCUUCCCCAACUCACUUUGGGUGGAGAACAAUGUGUGACGGAGACGGGGUAUCGAUUUUCGGGUCAAGCCACAUUUGGGUUGAUCAUUGCUCACUCUCCCGAUGCGCCGAUGGUCUCAUCGACGCCAUCAUGGGAUCAACUGCCAUUACCAUCUCCAACAACCACUUUGCCCAUCACAAUGAGGUGAUGCUGCUUGGUCACAGUGACGCCUACACAGCUGAUGUCAAUAUGCGGGUGACCAUAGCCUUCAACCAUUUUGGCAAAGGUCUCAUACAGCGAAUGCCUAGAUGCAGACAUGGAUAUUUCCAUGUGGUGAACAAUGAAUAUACACAAUGGCAAAUGUAUGCCAUUGGUGGGAGUGCAAACCCCACCAUAGUUAGCCAAGGGAAUCGAUUUGUGGCAUCUAACAAUCCUUUUGCUAAAGAGGUAACGAAACGGGAGAACUUCAAUCCAGGUGUAUGGCAUCACUGGAACUGGAGAUCAGAAGGAGACCUGAUGUUAAACGGGGCCUUCUUCACGCCAUCUGGGACGGGGGCAUCAUCAACCUAUCCAGAGGCAUUGAGUCUGAUGGCAAGGCCACCUUCCCUGGUGAGAACCCUUACAAAAACCGCAGGACCCCUUUCUUGUAGGGGAAGAGCUGCCUGUUAGCGCAAAUGGAGAUUAUUCUGUUGUGUUACUGUUCUAGUAAAUCCAAGCAUCUACUACGCCAUAUCUACGUUUGCUUGUUCAAAAGUUUUGUCAUUGUUUUAUUCUCCUUGUUUCCAUAUUGUAUGUAAAUUGUUUGGAGGAGUACUUUUAUAAAUAUUGCCUGUCAUCUCCCCAACGUUUAUUUCAAGCAGCCUUAGCCUGCCGGCAACUGUGUAAAUGCUAAUAUGGUAUUUACCAAGCUGAAGUGCAGAUGUGUCGUUGUUAAUAAAAUUCCUAGUUUUGUAUUGAAAA